AUGCCUCCCCAGCAUCAGAUCCUACCAAGCGCAGAUGAUGCUAUAGUCGAAUCAACAUGUCAGAAGUACAAUCUGACUAAAGCAGAAUUCAGCGAGCUGCAUAGCCGUUGCGUUGCGGCUAAGUCGACGGCUUAUUGUCCAUACAGCCAGUUCCGAGUAGGCUCGGCUAUCAUCUCUGUCGACGGCGUUUAUUUCAACGGAGCCAAUGUCGAGAAUGCCUCGUACCCGGUCGGCACAUGCGCCGAGCGCGUGGCUUUCGGCAAGGCGGUGACUGAGGGACAUCGGAAGAUUAAAGCCGUGGCUGUGGCCACUGACAUAACUCCCCCGGCUAGUCCGUGUGGGAUGUGUCGCCAGUUUAUUCGGGAAUUUUGCGAUCUUACGGUCCCAAUUAUCAUGUUCGACAAGGAUGAUAACUUUUCAGUGUUCCGUCUUGAAGAGUUGUUACCCUUGUCUUUUGGGCCUGAAGCACUCCCUCCACCAGGAUCACGCUCUGUUUGA